AUGGCGAGUGUGGUUCAUCAGGAUCCAAAAGCCCAGUCAGUGCAGGAGGGUCAAGGUGAAGCUGUGCAAGGCGCCAUCCCUCGUGCUGGAGAUACCACCAACCCCAAAGAAUGGUCGUCCUGGCGCCGUGCCUGGGUAUUGUUCUACAUCGCCUUCUCCUCCUUUAUCGUGUCCCUCUACAGCACUAUCUACACGUCGUCCAUACCGGGAGCCAGUAUAGCCUUCGAUAUUCAUCCCCCCGUCAUCCCGACGCUGGGCAUCACCACCUACCUCAUCGGCACUGGUGCGGGUAGUCUGACCCAAGCACCGCUCAGCGAGGUGUUUGGUCGCCGCCCGAUUUAUCUUGUGUUCAUGACGGUUUUCACUCUUCCCAUCCUUCCGUGUUCUUUGGCCACAUCAGUAGCUGAGAUAUUGGUUGUAAGAUUUUUUGGGCUAACCUGCAAUCCCAACAAAGACGUGUUUGGUGCUGCUACAAUCUCCAAUGCGCCAGUUGGUAUCUCGCUAUGGAGAAUCGCGCCAUUCAAUGGUCCUGCCAUCGGGCCCGUCAUCGGUGGCUUCGUCUACGCGGGGCUGGGCUGGCGCUGGGAUGACUGGUUAACCAUGAUUCUCAGCGGCGCCUCCCUCCGCAAAGAGCAUGAUAGUCGCUAUUGGUCUCGCUACGACGACAAGUCAUCAUUCCGGCCACAGCUCAAGGUCACUCUGCGCCGCUCGUUUAUCUUGGCAGCAACGGAGCCCAUUCCGUGGUUCUUUAAUACAUGCUUGGCGAACAAAAGAAUUAAUGCUAAUGUCGUGCGAGAGUACUAUAGAGGCUGGGGACCCGGUAUCAAUGGCUUGGCAUACUUAGAAAAUGGUCUAGGAGUGACGCUUGCCAUCUGUCUCGAGCCGCUUUGGAGGCACAUCAUCAACUCUAGUCUAAUCAACCCCGAAACUGGCCGUGUAUAUCCUGAAGCCGCAGGAUCCAUCAUGAGCCUUGGUGCGAUAUGUACUCCGAUAGGUAUCCACUGGCUUGUGUCUAUUGCUUGUGGAGUUCAUUUUGGUUUUGGAAAUACGCUAUGUUUUAUCUACAGCUCGAAUUACUUGGCAGGAUCUUACGGCAUCUAUGCAGCUUCUGCUCUCUCUUCAAAUACCGUUUUCAGAUCUAUCCUAGGAGGAACAUUGCCCUUGGCCGGACCGAAAAUUUAUGCCUGGUUCCUAUUCCCUUCACCUUUUGACGUUACGGAAAAAGGAUUCGUUUCGCGAAACCGAACUAUUUUGCAGACCCAGAAAGAUGCUGAGGCUGGACAGAGACGCACAUCUGGAUCUUGA